GUUUUUACUCCACCCUUCAGCGCUUUUUUUGUCUUUUUCUCUUUUGAUUGCCCUGGUACUACUCGUUUUCUUCCUCCCACUAGCCUAGGGAUUCUGAGUAUCUGCUUUGGAUGCAGGGCGGUACUUGUGCUGAUCUUUGUCGAUUUAGUGUAUUCGUGCAUAACAACUCGCGCGCUAUCAACCUCUCGACAUCGACUCUGCAGUAAAUAUGUCAAACGGAGAAUAUCAUCCGGGUUCUUCUACUGCAGGAACCUCUUCUAGUACUACUUCCCUUUACACCUCCGUCACCACCAGUACCACCGACCCCUCUUAUCUACCCUCUUCCUCCGGCACUCCUUAUCCACCCUCCUCCUUCUCCUUCUCCUCCUCCUCCUCCUCCUCGUCUUCUGCAAGCACCGGCACCGGCACCGACACCAGCACAACUCCAUUGACCAUAUCAUCUACUACUACACCGACACUACCCCAAUCUUCCGUUGAGUCAACCGCAUCAUCAUCUUCAGCAGCUGCGGCUGCAUCAACACCAUCGGGAAAUACGAGCAACACCUUAACAACUUCCUCCGCCUCAACUAUCAACGUUGGCGCCGUAGCAGGCGGCGUCAUCGGUGGAGUCGUCUUCCUAAUAUUGCUCAUACUCGGCCUCAUCCUCUGCCGUCGCGCCCGACUCAAAAAACACGUCGCGCCCUCCUCCCAAUUCGCAGAAACCAUCAAACGCGGAGAGCUACCUGUCCUCCGCCUAGAUUCCGGCGUAGAAAUCGUCCCCUCACCCACGCAUUAUCAUGUUCCCCUACCACUACGACAAGAUUCGUAUUACACGAGUCCUGCCAUGUCGGAUAUGAAGCUCCCAGAUGGGAUAGGAGGGUCAGAGGAGCAAUCUGAGCGUCACAGUUUAGAAAAGCCGCUGCAGCCUCUUCGGCGCCCUGGCUACCAGGGUUCGAAUGAAUCCGUGACAAUGGGCAAUACAGCGCGCAGGGUAUCAAGUAUUGGCAGCUCACAAGAGUUCUGGUCCCGCGACACAGGCAAAUUCGACAUUCGGAAAGACUAUUUAAGAUCCACAUCUCCACUUCUUAUCGAAACCAGCUACGCACCCAUGAUGCAAAAUACAUAUCCUAUGCAGCCUUCUCGCGCAGUAGAUACUUUACAGGACGCGUAUGCUGAUCUGUGGAAGCUCUCCGUUGCCCCGAUGACGCGCACACGGCCGAUUUCUGUGCGGAACGGUGCGGAUACACAACCUUUACCUCCGUUGAGACCUCUACGACGUAGUGUGGACGUUGGGAGUGGCAGGAAGCUUUAAUUUUUAUUAUUAUUAUUCAUGUAUGUUUACUGAACUUUUGUGUUCGAGU